CGCCGGCGCCCUUGCAGCGCCCCUGUCGUCAAUAUUCCGCGUAUGCUGGUAUUGCUCGGCCUAAAUGUUCAAUGUUUACACCGUUUUUACUACGCCCCUCGUUUUGCUCUAUCGGUGCAGUGAAUCAGCUUGGUGCCCCCCAUUUAGAGGUGCUGGAGUUCUAUGCGAGAUUGGGCUCGCAAACGCACUAACAAUGCCAUCAGAGGCCGACGUUUCCUUGGUAUAGAGCAGAGGAGCGACGUCGCCAAGCUGGCGCCCUUCAAGAUUAAAUUCCACAGAAUGUCAAAGUCGAGUUCUUUGAACCGAAGUAACUCGGCUGAGACUGACCACGAGCACGCCAACAGUCCCCGAAAACCCCUGACAUUGUCACCAGACGCAAAAAAUGGCAAUGACAGUGUCAGCGAGGAGGAAGUCUACAUUUCAGACGUCAGUUCAAAGGGUUCCACCCUAAAUCGCUCCAAUCACGAGGAUUUGCGCAACAAGAACGACUAUGCCGGUGAAAAGGAGACGCUGCUGAGUGAGACGGUAAAACAAGUGCAGUCGCCUGCGACGUCUCCAAAGGCGCCCGAGAUAAUGCACACGUCCAGCAAGGAAUUCUACAAAGCGGUGGCGAAACAGUUCGGCAUCACCUGCAAAAUGUCGGAUCAGUGCCGUUGCUACGACUGCCAAAGCCACUACUUUGACUGCGAGUACGAGCAGAACGAACAGGAGAAGACCGACGGAGGCCUGGGGGCCGGCACGCCGGUUUUCCUGCACGAAGUGAUGCAAGGCUCUGCCUGUAUUAUAUUGUAGAGCCCCUCAUUUUCAGGUGCAAAGACCAAAUCGGAUUAAUCAAUCACUAUCGGUGUCUAAGCAAACUAAUUAAGCUUAAAACCUAUAUACAAAUAGAGCCUCGAGGCACGCGAGCCAGACAAUAGAGACAUGGCCUCUGGCUGUCUGACCGCCCCUUUGCGAUGAACAAACCAGGAUGUAAAAUAUAAACCGCGCUUUCAAAGGAUCUCAACGAUAGAAACUUGUACAUUUUAUACUUAUACAAUGGGCAGUGGAAGUUGUGCUGGUUCAGAGCAGUCGCCGCCCAACUCAGUGAAACCGUUUUCGUUUCCGGCCCUAAAUGAUGCAUUUUUAAUCACAUUCAAUCGUAACUAUACAACGUUUCUCUAGGCCUAGAGUUUCGCCUCCCGCAGCUCAGCAUCUGGACAACAGGGUUUCUCCAGAGGAACUGAGAGUUAAAAACAAGGCUGGAUUAAUUGUAGCUGCCCCUUGAGGAACUCCUUGGCGAUGCUACUUACUCUGGGAACACUGACGAUGGCCACGUAGCCGAAACGCGGCUCUUUCAAAUAAAUACCAAAUCUAUUUAGGUACCUAAACUAGGCUAGUCUAGCAAGUAAGGACUGUAAAAUGCACCAACAAAGUACCCCGAGCACCUAUAUUUUGUAUAUUACGAGUACCUACUCCUAAAUGUGUGAUAUUUAUUUGUGGAAUUCUAUACAAUUAAAAGGUGGAAUUGAA